AUGUCAGUUGAGGGCGAUCAGGGUUUCUCGAUACCUAUUCCGAAUUUUUCUAAUUUCGGCAAGCGCCCAAAAAUUGAUAGUCUCGACAAGUGGCUUACGGCUUUUGGUAUUUACGCGUCGGUUGUCGUUGAAAAAUUUCCUCAUAAGGCCUCGCAGUUGUUUGCCAACCAGUGCAUAAUCCGAGAAGCCUUGCAAAAGUUCAAAGGUUUAGCUUGGUAUGCGUACGAUAUAGCUUUUCGAAAACUCACCGCGAAAAAUCCAGCCCUAAACUGGGGUGAACGCCAUCUUCAGCUGUGGCUGGAUAAAUUUACCGGUCUUGCGCGAUCUGUCUGUUUUGUCUGUGGCAGCGCUGAUCAUAUUUCUGACCUAUGCCCUCUUUCCUCAUCAAGGUUCGACGGUAAUCGGCCUCGUUUUUCCAACCAACGAGGUUUCUGCCACAAUUUCAACGGGGGAGUCGCCUGCGCAGCCAAUCCAUGUCCUUUCGAACAUCGCUGCAACCAACCAGACUGUGGCGGACGGCAUGCCUCCUACGAACACGCUGAACCCAGCGCUACACGAACUGAGGACACUUUGCGACGCAGAAAACACAAGUAA